GACACCGGGAAGGUGGAGCAAUAACAUCGGAGAAGAAGAAAGAGUCUGUGGCGGCGGUGAAAGGAGAGCAGUGAAGCAGACUCAUGAAAGUAACCCGGCACCUGCUGUCUGUUCGAGAGAUGCUGACCUCAUCUUACCAGUGAGCAUAGCUUGCUGUCCCCAGACCAGCCGUGACAGGACAGUAGGACACAGAUCAGGCCCCGUCAUGGCUGCCAGGCAGCAGAAACCUGCGCCUGCUUCCGACGGCUCGGGGGAGGCCAGAAGGACAGACUUCAGGGCUACUGAGAAAAAGUGCUCUUGGGCCUCCUACAUGACCAACUCUCCAACUGUGAUAGUGAUGAUUGGGUUGCCCGCUAGGGGGAAAACCUACAUGGCCAAAAAGCUGACACGCUACCUCAACUGGAUCGGAGUGCCAACUAAGGUGUUUAACCUUGGAGUUUAUAGGAGAGAAGCAGUGAAGUCAUACAAGUCCUAUGACUUUUUUAGGCAUGAUAACAAAGAAGCAAUGGAAAUUAGAAAACAGUGCGCUCUGGUGGCACUGGAGGAUGUCAAGACAUAUCUGAGUGAGGAGGGAGGCCAGAUUGCUGUUUUUGAUGCCACCAACACCACCAGAGAGAGGAGGGAACUCAUCCUUAAUUUUGCAAAAGACAAUGCAUACAAGGUGUUUUUUGUAGAAUCAAUAUGUGACGAUCCAGAUGUCAUCGCCACAAAUAUUCUGGAUGUGAAGGUGUCCAGUCCAGAUUACCCUGAGAGGAACAGAGAAAGUGUCAUGGAGGACUUUCUGAAGAGAAUAGAAUGUUAUAAAGUGACCUACCAACCUUUAGAUCCGGACGAACACGACAAGAACUUGUCCUUCAUCCAGGUCAUAAAUGUUGGCCGUCGUUUCUUGGUGAACAGGGUGCAGGACUACAUCCAGAGCAAAAUAGUCUAUUACCUCAUGAACAUCCAUGUGCACUCCCACUCCAUCUACCUCUGUCGGCAUGGAGAGAGCCAUCACAAUGUGGAGGGACGCAUUGGGGGAGAUGCUGAACUGUCAGAGAGAGGAAGACAGUUUGCUGCAGCUCUGAAGGGAUUUGUUGAAGAGCACCGUCUGUCAGACCUGAAACUUUGGACCAGCCAGCUGAGACGCACCAUUCAGACAGCAGAGGAACUGGGAGUUCCCUACGAGCAGUGGAAGAUCCUUAAUGAAAUAGAUGCUGGAGUUUGUGAAGAGAUGACCUAUAAGGCAAUUGAGGAAACGUACCCAGAGGAGUUUGCCAUGAGGGACCAGGACAAGUAUCACUACCGUUACCCUGGAGGAGAGUCCUACCAGGACUUGGUUCAGCGGCUGGAGCCAGUUAUCAUGGAGCUGGAGCGACAGGGCAACGUUUUGGUCAUCUGUCACCAGGCUGUGAUGCGUUGUCUGCUCGCUUAUUUCCUGGAUAAAGGCGCAGAUGAUCUACCCUACUUGAAGUGUCCCCUGCACACUGUCCUAAAACUCACCCCAGUGGCUUAUGGUUGUAAAGUGGACAUGUUUGACCUGAAGGUUGAGGCUGUCAACACUCACAGGGACAGACCAUUGAAUAAAGUCCAAACAGAUGCUGCGCCAGGUUUCCACAGAAGGAACAGCUUCACUCCGCUGUCUAGCCAAGACCAGAUUCACCAGAUUAAACGGCCUCGUCUUUAUAGCAUGGGCGACCCUCUGCAGGUCCGCAUGUCCCAGGCCCCCACUUUACCCAGCAUGCAGUUCUCUGAGGCGUCAGAGGGGGCAGAGUUGCUACAAAGCGAGGACUCUCUGAACGGUUUCAGUGCAGCAGACACAGACACAGACGACUGUGUUCGAAGUUAAAGAAGCACAAAAAGAGGUAUUUUCAGCCCUUUCCUCUUAUCUGCCAUGCGGAUCAUCUCUACUCUCCACCUGAAAUAUCACACCUUGGUUUUUACCAUUUAUCACAGGCUUUUCUCCACUUGGAUGUAUCACCAGUUCUGAGGACCAGCAGUAAAAAUUGCAGCCAGCUUCAGCCAUUACAUACUUUAAGCACUGUAUGACGCACCAUGUCUGUAUAACCCUGUAUGUGUUGUCUGUUCAGUUUUUGUUGGAUAGGGAACAUGCGUGUUAGUGUGAGUGUGCACAUACUUACAUACAUGAAGUCAAAGCCUUUGCACAGCAGCCUUCAUAACUGGGUUGUGAUCCACCUCAGACUCUCAAAACUUGUCCAUUAGCUCCUGCAGUAGCACACGCGUCACAUUAUGCUGUAUUAGAUGUAGAAUAGGUUGAUUGUGAAAUUUAUACCUCAGUGGAAGCUGCUGCCUUAAGUUUUAGUGUAAAAGUGUGCCUCUCUGGAAGGAAGCUAUGCACAGCCUUAAUUUGUCCUCAGAUUCUUUCUUAAAACUACUUAUGUAAACAUUCCCAGGUAAUGUGCAUUAUUCCUCUGGUAAUCUGAUGUAGUUGUGAUUUUAUUUUUAUUUUAAGCAUAUUAAUUGUUAAUUUAAUUUUGCCAUGGGCAGACAUAAGCUUUAAAAAAUGUAAUGAAACAUUUUUUUUCUAGUUCUAGAAAAAGUGCAGGAGCUAUAGUGUCUCUGUACUUUUCUGUGUGACAGCCAAUUCCACUGCUCUAUUUGUAUAUGUUGCCUUCUACUCAAAUAACAGCUUGAAUAAAUUCAGCCUCCCACUGU